CUCAUUUAACAGGCAGACAUGGCGAGCGCAGUUGCUACCCGUUUUGUGGAUAACUAUGUCGACAUGGCUCAGUGGAAUCAGUUACAGCAGUUAGAGACGCGCUACCUGGAGCAGUUGUAUCACCUGUACAGCGACAGCUUCCCCAUGGAGCUGCGGCAGUUCUUGGCACCCUGGAUCGAGAGCCAGGAUUGGGCAUAUGCAGCCAACAAGGAGUCGCACGCCACGCUGGUGUUCCACAACCUGCUUGGGGAGAUCGAUCAGCAGUACAGCCGCUUUCUGCAGGAGAACAACGUCCUGUACCAGCACAACCUGCGGCGCAUCAAACAGCACCUGCAGAGCAAGUAUCUGGAGAAGCCCAUGGAGAUUGCUCGCAUCGUCGCUCGCUGCCUGUGGGAGGAGCAGCGGCUGCUUCAGACAGCCACCACUGCACAGCAGGACGGUCAGGUCACUCACCCCACGGGCACCGUGGUCACCGAGAAACAGCAGAUUUUGGAACACAACCUGCAGGACAUUAGGAAAAGAGUACAGGACAUGGAACAGAAGAUGAAGAUGCUGGAGAACCUCCAGGAUGACUUUGACUUCAACUACAAAACUCUGAAAAGUGCUGGAGAAUUGUCCCAGGACCUGAAUGGAAACAGCCAAGCAGCAGCUACCAGGCAGAAGAUGGCUCAGCUGGAGCAGAUGUUGAGUGCUUUAGAUCAGCUGAGGAGGCAAAUAGUGACCGAGAUGGCCGGCCUGCUUUCUGCCAUGGAUUUCGUGCAGAAGAACCUGACAGAUGAGGAACUGGCCGACUGGAAGAGGAGACAGCAGAUCGCCUGCAUCGGAGGACCACCCAACAUCUGCCUGGACCGUUUAGAGACAUGGAUCACCUCAUUGGCCGAGUCACAGCUGCAGAUCAGACAGCAGAUCAAGAAGUUGGAAGAGCUUCAGCAGAAGGUCUCGUAUAAAGGAGAUCCCAUCAUUCAGCACCGCCCCGCUCUGGAGGAAAAAAUAGUGGAUCUGUUCCGCAAUCUUAUGAAGAGUGCGUUUGUCGUUGAGAGACAGCCGUGUAUGCCCAUGCACCCAGACCGACCUCUCGUUAUCAAAACCGGUGUGCAGUUUACCACCAAAGUCAGGUUACUCGUGAAAUUUCCAGAGUUGAAUUACCAGCUGAAAAUCAAAGUGUGCAUUGACAAGGAGUCGGGCGAAGGGGCAGCCAUUCGAGGUUCACGCAAGUUCAACAUUCUUGGCACCAACACUAAGGUGAUGAACAUGGAGGAAUCCAACAAUGGCAGCCUGUCCGCAGAGUUCAAGCAUCUGACUCUACGAGAGCAGAGGUGUGGUAACGGAGGCCGAACGAACAGCGAUGCCUCACUGAUCGUGACUGAAGAACUACAUCUGAUCACAUUUGAGACAGAAGUCUACCAUCAAGGCCUAAAGAUUGACCUUGAGACGCACUCUCUCCCUGUGGUGGUCAUUUCUAAUAUCUGUCAAAUGCCGAACGCAUGGGCCUCCAUCCUGUGGUACAACAUGCUCACCAAUCAUCCCAAGAAUGUGAAUUUCUUCACCAAACCUCCAGUAGGGACGUGGGAUCAGGUGGCUGAGGUGUUGAGCUGGCAGUUUUCUUCCACAACUAAGAGAGGGUUGACCAUUGAACAGCUCACCACACUUGCAGAGAAACUGCUGGGUCCUUGUGUAAACUACUCCGGUUGCCAGAUCACAUGGGCCAAGUUCUGCAAAGAGAACAUGGCAGGGAAAGGUUUCUCUUUCUGGGUGUGGCUGGAUAAUAUUAUUGACCUUGUAAAGAAAUAUAUCUUGGCUCUGUGGAAUGAAGGGUAUAUUAUGGGCUUCAUCAGCAAGGAAAGAGAGCGAGCCAUUUUGAGCCCAAAGCCUCCUGGGACAUUCCUGCUGCGCUUUAGCGAAAGCAGCAAAGAGGGAGGAAUCACCUUUACCUGGGUUGAAAAAGACAUCAGCGGUAAGACUCAGAUCCAAUCGGUGGAGCCAUAUACGAAGCAGCAGCUCAACAGCAUGUCCUUCGCUGAGAUCAUCAUGGGCUAUAAGAUCAUGGAUGCCACCAACAUCCUGGUUUCUCCGUUGGUUUACCUCUACCCAGAGAUCCCCAAAGAGGAUGCGUUCGGCAAGUACUGCCGCCCGGAGGCCCAGCCUGAAACCGACUUCCCUGACCCUGGAUGUGCAAUUCAGCCGUACCUGAAGACCAAGUUCAUCUGUGUCACCCCGUGUCCCUCAAUCGUCAUGGACUUCCCGGACAGUGAACUGCUUGGGAACUGUUUCUCUGGGACUAACUCUGGCAACACAAGUGAUUUGUUCCCAAUGUCCCCACGCACGCUUGACUCUCUUAUGCACAAUGAAGCGGCGGAGGCUAACCCUGGACCUCUUGAAUCCCUCACUCUGGACAUGGAGUUGAGCUCAGAUCAUCCCUCACCGAUGAGAGAAGCGUUUCCGGCCUCAGUCUCAGAAAUGGACACCUGUCGGAAUGUCUAGCUUUUCGAAAUUUAAAAAUUUUCAUCUAAAAAAAUGAUUGUUGUGUACAUAAUAUGCUUCUGUGCUAUAGCUGCUUCCUGUCUCCAUGCCAGUUAUGUUUCUUUUUGGAAUUUACAGUCAUAGCCAAAUAUGUGCAAAACACCAACACUUUUAGGGUGUUUUAUUUGAUCAGUGUUGAUUUUAUUUUGAAUCAGAUUUAUAUUUUGGGAUUGUUGUGAUUGGCUGUUUUAUUAACGAAAUGUUAUAGGCAUUCAACAGAAACGUGUUUUCUCUCUUAAAUCUGUUAAACAGCAACUUUUGAGUCAGACAAUUUCCUGUAAAUUAGUUUGGGGUAAGUUUGCAAGUGUUUUUGUAACCAAUUCCUUCUGAUGUGUGAUCAUGCAGACGGGUCAAUGAUAAAUAAGUCCUGCAUGUAUGCUAGUAUUCAAUUUAAAUGGAAAUUAUUUUAGACUAUUUUAACAAUUAUAAAAUAGCUUGCAAACAUUCGGCCAUGAGUUUAUAUUUUGUGUAUCAUUUUCCAGACGAUUGCUAAUAGGAAAAGCCUUUCACUUGGAUUGCAGUGAGAAUCACUGGUGUUGGUUAACAAAAAUAUAUUUUUGAGCUGUAAGCAUAGCAUAAAACAAGUGAAUUCUUAAUUCUUUACGUUCAUUUUGAGGAUUUAGUGUAAAGGGUAGUAAACUUUGUAGUUAAGCAAAGUUGAGCAUUGUUAAGCAGUAAAUAAAGCUGCCAACUUGGCAUGAUCUUGGAACAUGUUCAGUAAAGGAUGGCUUGUUAUUGAAGUGCGAUCAUCAUUUGUAAAGUUUGUGCAUGCACAUCUGUCAAGUUUCUCUCUAAGCUUCUAUCUGGUUCACAUGAAUAUACUGUAUUUUAAUGUUGCAAAAAACUCUUUUAUUGGAUGUUAUUGGGGAGUAAGUUGAAGAUAACUAUAUAUUUUACACCGAUGAGCAAAUAUGAUUUUCCACCAUAUUCCCUUUUUAAUGCUAAAUUACAUGGCAAGACGAAUUUUCCGUUGAGCCGAAAGGACUUAUAUUGUAACAGAAUUACGCACACAUGUACACAUGCAUAUUUCUUAUUUUGUUUCACUUGCUGAUCUGUGAUUUUUGUCCGCAAAAUAGAGCUGCAAACUGGAAUAUGAUAAGAAUGAUUGUUUCCUCUUUGUGGAACUACUUUUUUUAAUGUCUCCGUUUGUCUAAGUUUCUCACUCUCUGUAUCUGUGUUUCCACUAUAGUGUGUAUAUUAUUAUAUGAAUAUACUGCACUAUGCAUAUCUGUUAACUAUAAAAUGAAAUCUUGAUGAAAAACAA